GAAUAGAAACAAAGGAAGCCUACUGAGAUUUAACCUAAGUAGAGGGAGAAAUUGAAUUUGGAUGAGAUAUAAUAUAUGAAUAAAUAACAAAAAAGAGAAAUAAUUGAUUAUACUUUCAGUAGAUUCGACCGGCUUAGACCAUCUUUAAACUGACGCAGAAGUUUAUGACGACUGGAGAGAAUGGCGUUGAUUAAGUGAAGGAAUUUUGUGAUUAGUUCAUCAAAGAAUAUUAUGAUCAGAAGAUGCAUCAGUCUGAUGAGUUGUCAUCAAGUUCCGACGAUGAAAUAUCUCAGGAAAUAUUAAAGGAAGCUGCUGAUGUUCAAUACUUAAAUGAAUAUCUUUUCCAUCAAUCUGUUCAGGCAUCUGAAAAGUCGCUGCCAAAGAAUUUGAUAGAACCAUGUAAGAAGAAGCCUUCUCUUAGAAAUCAACAAUGUCAAGAUCAAUUUCAAGGGUUUGGGACCACGCAAACUUUCAAAGAUUUUAUAGCUAAAAAGUUGAAUGAUGUAUUAGACAGAGUUAUAGAAGAGCCAAAUAUACACAAGAAUGUAAGGAAACGUACAAGAACCAAAAGCAUAAGUGAGAAACAAGGUGUUGAACUAGGAAUAAAACUAUUAAAUUCUUCAAAAUCAUUAUUAACUGACAUAGAAAUUGAGCAUGUGAAUUGUUCAAAGGAUAUGAAAGUGCAGAAAAGCAUGAAAGAUAGAAUGGCUGAACAGUCCAUGAUUCGAGAUGCAGCAGUGGACCCUGAACAGGUUUUGUCAAAGAUUGAAACGAAAGCUUGGGCUAACAAUUGCAGAGGUAAAGUAUUUCGGUAUAAGCAGCUUCAAGAUGGAACUUUGAUGGAAAAAAAAUAAGUGCACAUUUCUUAUGCAUAUUUUAUACGUUAAUUGUAAAUAAAUAAUAUUUCAUCAGUGUCUCACA